GGAGAGGAAUGUUUGGGACAUUUCAUUUUGGCAGCCAUCUCUUUUGAAUCUAUCAGGUAGUUCGUGUGGAGCAAGUUCGAUGAUGGGGAUAGCUGGAUCCUGACUGCAAAAUGUUGUGGACCAAUAAUUGAUUUUCCUGCAGCGCGACAAAGAUGGACGGACAAGUCUUUGGCUUGCCCCGUUUCUUCUCCUUGAUGACUGAAUUGGCACUUUGCAGAAUCAAGCAAACUCUGCUUGGGCUUUACAGUAGGAUACUUCCUCAAUGACAAGCCAACCGUAGCAAUAUGCCAUACACAAAUUUGAGUUUUCCACAUUAGUGAAAAUGGUCUUGUUCUGGUCUUUUUUUGGUUACUUUUCUACUAUUCAGCUCAGCCAAUAUUUGCAUCGAUGGGUAGAUUUUGCGGUGCACAAGCUGUAGGUUGUAUAGCAUGCAGAGAAUAGUAUUUGUUCCUUGAUAGACUGGUUUAUGCACACGUUUUCUUUACCCACAUAAACCUCUUGCAAAUUCUUUUUGUGCCCAGGCUAUUUUUCAAUCAUCCGGGCGCUCAAGUCAAAGUAUAGAAGUUUCAACCCCCCUACCCUUACUUCCACAUAUAUCUAAGCACACACACAAAUAUUUUAAUAAGCACACUCCAUUAGGACAAGAAGAGAGACAUGGCUCCUCAAGAUUUUCGCACCCAACCUCUGAUUCCUCCGUCCUACCAAUCACUCUUCCUUCUUUGCACCAUCCUCAUAUUUCUAUCCUCCAACACAAUAAUAUUCUCAUCAGCGCAGGCUACCAACAAAACAGAAGAUGAUCGGCAAGCCCUUCUCUGCUUCAAAGCUGGCAUCUCCAAGGACCCUGCCGGUGUUCUUGGAUCAUGGCGCAAUGACUCGCUUAACUUCUGCAGCUGGCGAGGGGUCAACUGCAGCACGACCCUCCCAAUCCGUGUCGUGUCCAUCCAAUUCAGGUCUAUGAAGCUCACAGGAACACUAUCCAAUUGCACAGCUGACCUUACUUCUCUAGUUCAAAUGGACCUUACGAACAAUACACUGUCCGGAAGGAUACCUGAAGAGAUGGGUGGGCUUCGGAGCCUCCAAACUCUGUUGCUUGCUGGCAACAGGCUUAAAGAAUACGGGAUGGGAUGCAAAGUCUCGACAGGCGGCGAUGUGUACAGCUUCGGAGUGCUGCUACUGGAGAUGCUCACGCGAUGCGACCUACGGAUGCACAAUGCAGCAACGCCCUCAGCCUGCACAAGUAUGUCGAUCGAGCCUUCCCCGAGAGGAUCGCAGAGAUUCUAGAUCCCCUUAUGCCACCCAAGGAGGACCAGGCGUCUGCUUCUCUGCGUAUGCAAAACUACAUUAUACCUUUGGUCAGUAUUGGCCUGAUGUGUACCAUGGAUUCGCCGCAAGAUAGACCAGGUAUGCAUGAUGUCUGUGCCAGAGUUGUUGCCGUCAAAGAGGCAUUUGUCGAGACCUUGUUGUGAUUACAGCAACUAGUCAUAUAUACACUAUUACAGUAGCUGUAUCACUUGUAGAAUAAUUCCAACAUUUUUUUUGCAUGUAUCUGGUAAAUAUGAACCAUUAUGCUAUGUGCCCGCCAAAAUAAGCGGGGUAAAUAUUUGUCUUUU